AUGUUUGCUCCUUCUGCGCGGCUGGGCCGAGCCCUCUGCGUCGCGGCCACGGCCGCGGCCUGGAGCCGCGGCGGCGCGCCCCCCGUGCGGUCGCAGUCGAUCCGUCGCGCGGCGGACGACGGGGCGCCCCUGCCGACCGUCGAGGAGGCGAUCGCCGGCGCCGAGGGCUACGACGGCCCGGGCAUCGUCGACCCCUACUACAUGCACCCGGACACGUACCCCAUGCUCCACGACUGGACGGCGGAGCGCUUCGACUGCGACCUCGAGAGCGGCGGCUACGCCGAGUGGGUCAUCCCGGGGGAGGCGUUCGUCUUCGCGCGGUUCCUCAAGGACGGCGAGAAGUCGCGGGCCCUGCGGCGGACGCUGCACCUGGACCACCUCUUCUGGGCGCGCGAGAGCGCCAUCGUCGCGGACCGCGACGGCGGCCCGCGGGUCUACGCGGCGCAGGCCGCGCAGGACGACCGCGGCGACGUCGUCGCGUCGGUCGUCGCCGUCGUCGGCGGCGACGCGGCGUCCGCCGCGCCCCUCGUCGCCGCGGACCCGCUCGUGCGCGCCGGCGUCUUCGACGAGGCGCGGAGCGGCGCCUACCACUGGACCAUCGCCGGCGACCCCUACCUCCAGGCCGACGUCUGGCCCGACGGCGAGAGCCCGUACCUCCACCUCAAGCUCGACGCCCAACCCGGCGCGAACGCGCGCGGGGCGACGCGCGAGAAGCACCUGAGCUUCCUGCGCAAGACGCGGCGCACGAUGCGCGCGGGGCCCCUGCGGCCCCUCGGCGACGCGGCCGGCGCGCCCGUCGGGUCGCUCGUCUACGCGUUCCACGCGUCCCGCGGCGCCGCGCUCGACUGGGCCGCCGCGGACCCGUACGUGGACGCGGGCGUCUUCGGCGACGGGGUCCAGCCGCUGGCCGCGGCGACGUACUGCGAGCUCGACGUCACGGGCACGCAGCUCACGCGGCCGCCGCCGUUGAACGAGCUGCCCGACCCGCUGCUCCAGCGCCUCGUCGACGCGGACCUCGUGACGCUCGAGGAGCGGCAGGUGCAGCGCAUCGAGGCGGACCCGAAGACGGGCGAGUUCGUGCGCUACAACAUCACGACGACGGACCCGCGCGUGCUCUCGAACGUCGACGUCGACGACGGCCUCAUGGCGACGUUCGCGUCGACGCCCAAGGCGCUCCGCGCGAAGAAGGCCCGCGAGAAGAAGAAGGCCUUGGAGGAGGAGGACGCCCUCGCGGCGCUGAGCGGGGCCGAGGGCGACGACGCCGCCGAAAACGACGACGGCGACCUCCCCGACGAGUUCUAG